GCCCACUAAAUUCCCUAUCCUUCACCAUGGAGAACGCUACUACCACCGCACCGUCCAAGGCCAUGACCAACCAACCGAGGGCCUCCACUGAGAUGAAGGUGAUGAGCGUUGCUGAGGGUGCUGUGGGCAAACAGGCCCACUGCGAACACCAACAUAAGGCCUCUCGUCUUCGUGGUGGGAGUGCUGGAAAGGACUGCUUCCUUGGUUUGGUGGGGUGUUUCUUGUGUUUUGAAUGUUGCGAGGGAUGCUGCGAAUGUGUCGGGGAUAUCUUAUGCUGUCCUUGCGAGAUGUGUUGCUGAGCUCGUGUAUUUUUAUUUUGCAACUUAAUGCCCUGUAUAUACCAUGGGAGCUUGGAAGCUAUGGAGUAGGAAUCAGGAAGAACUUUUGGACACUGUAGAGGCUUCUGACAUCAGUGAUGAUCAA